CUUAGUUUUCUCCUUUUAGCUCAAAAAAAAAAAAAAUUACUUAGAUGUUUUUGUUAUUUCACUUGCAGGGAUUGAUUCUUGAUCAGCUAGCUAAAGACAUAGUAAUGAAUUUCCAUCACCGGCUUCUUCUUGAGACAGACCAAAGUAUGGCACCAAUAGAUGGAAACCAGUAUGAUCAUAAUUCAAAUUUCGACACCAAUAUGAUCAUAAUUCUUGCCGUUUUGCUAUGUGCAUUAUUAAGUGUACUUGGUUUAAAUUCUAUUGUGCGAUGCGCGUUUCGUUGUAGUCGUAGUGCAGAGGAGUCACAAGUUGUUGCUGCUAAAGGGAUCAAGAAGAAAAAUUUACGGCAAAUUCCUGUAGUUGUUUAUGGAAAAGUGAAUUUUUCAGGGAGUGAAUGUCCAAUUUGUCUUGGAGAAUUUGUGGAUGGUGAAAAGGUUCGUGUGUUACCAAAAUGUAAACAUGGUUUUCAUGUGACAUGUAUUGAUAAAUGGCUCUUGGCACAUUCAUCGUGCCCGAAUUGUCGGCACUCUUUGAAUGGUGAAGCCACAGUAGAACCAUGACUAGUGAAGAAAUGAGACAAAUACGCCUCUUUCUUAUUGAAGAUAGAUGAAAUGUAAUACCACUUAGGCCUUUUCUCAGCUUUUGCUAUGUUAAAUUGUCUUUUCAUUUUGUUUU